GUGCAUAAUAAACUAGUUCUUUCCGCGCAAUAUCCGCAAUGGCUCGUAAAGCCAGCGACAGGAAAGUCAGAUUGACUCCGUAAGUUGAACAAGAUGGCCUUGAGCGCUAAGUCUCUCCGGCUGUUGUCCUUCGUCCAUGUAGCGCUUGGUGUUUUAGCGAUUAUCGGAGGUCUUGCCGCAAUGUUAGUGACAAAUUAUUACAAUGGACUGUACGGCAUGGGCAUCUGGCUAGGCUGCUGGGUAAGUUAAAUUCGUUACCGCAGCUCUUAUGUAGCUGCUAUAUAAUUUGAUUGUCGGCUCAAAACGACUAACCCGUGCCCGCUGAAUACUGGUACAAUUUCCCUCGAAAGUUACAUUAAGUGGGACGGUAAGAUUUACGCUUACGUAAGGGGUUUCUGUUGUAAGUUGUUUUAGGGCUUCACCUACAUGCUACGAAGUUAGGUGGUACAAAAAUUAUCAUGAAAACAUUCAGUAUAUAUGUGAUAUUUGUUUGCGGUUACGGAAAAGAAGGUAGCGCGUGUGUUUGAGUGUUUAUGUGAGCUCGGUGUUUCUUUUUUUUUUUCUGACUGCCCUUGCGUGACAAAAAUUCUAUACAAUCUGAAUAAAUUUUUUUCCCUCGAUAUUAAGUGUGCGUCGGAGAAAUCUUGAUGAUUUUUGCCGAUAUGAACGUUUCCUGAACAAAAAAUACCAAGGAUACCUGUAGAUAAGUCGAGAAAGACGAGAUCGGGGUACUGAACGGAAAGGAACGUUGACAACGGGCCAGUACGUAAUCAUGGAAAGAACGUUUCAUGACAACAAGAAAGCGGACAGUCCGUCUGUUGUUAACCCAUAUGUCACAUUAACGUCAGAGUUGCCAGGGGUUCUGACAUUAAUUAACAUGAGUGCAAAUAUUGCUGGAUUUUUUACGUCUGACUUGACAACUUUUCCCUUUUUCUAUAAAAAGAGACUUUUUUUUAACAUGAACACACACUUAAAAUUAUAAUAGAUUAAAAAAAAAAAAAAUAUAUAUAUAUAUAUUAUAGGAUGAAAACUAAAUUGACUAUACAAAAUAUAUGAAUUAUAUUUGUAUUUCAAUAUUACAAUGCCUGUAUUCAUUAUUUGGAGUGUUGUUUCUGUUAAAAUUGUUAUUGGAUGCAUCUUUUUUAAAAACAUUGAUAGCAGCCUGGAUCCAUAUAUACAUAUAUUUGUAUAGUGUAUUUAUUAGUUCUUGAUUUGUUUAGAUCAAUGAUGUUUAAGGCAUGGGGACAAUUUUUUUGCCAAAUUAUUGCUGAAAUGUUAAUUUUCUUUGGGAGCAAACAAUAGCAGUUUUAACAAAAGACCAUAGUGAAUGUUUGUUAUUGUAUUGAGUGAAGCUUAAAAGUGAAGCUUUGUAUGCUUUCUGAAUUUAAUAUGUAAUGUUUCAGUACUGGUAAGUUUUACACAUAAUUGGGCAGAUUGGAGUGUAUUUGUUUUGUUACAUAUAGCUUGUUAGUGUGCCUGUUUACAAAAUAACAAUUUUCACCAGCAUAACAGCAAUAUUAUCAUAACAUAAUUAAAAUUUCAAAAAUUUGUAAUAAGGACAGUGCUAAGUCAUGGUUACUCAUGCACUUUUUCAUUUGGUGUCAAGUUAGAACUAUACUUGAAAGGUGUCAAUUAUGAUUAUUGCUAAGUUUUUUUGGGCUGCCUUUAUUUCUGACAUGGUAGUUGAAUCUCAGGUCUUCAGUAAUAUGGUUCAGUUUUUUGAGUGGACAAUUUAUCAUGCCUGUUGUUCUCAUUUUAGUAUUCAAUGCCUAUUUGCCAAAAGCAAGGACAAUAUUGUUGAAUAUAAGUUGUUAACAAAUAGUUUAGACAACAACUCUGCACAUUACUUUACUUUAACUUAUUUCCUUUCUGAGACCCCUAAACCCCCUCCCCUUCCUCAAAACAAACAAACAAUUCAAAAAAGUUACUUAGGCCAUUUGAAAAUUAAUCACCCUGCGUAUGUAGUGAUUUUGUGAUUGCAGCCUGUUUAAUUAUACCAAGAAUGGAAUGAUAUGAUAUUUAAGAGUCAGCUAUCAAUGCAAUCUUUAACCUACAAAUUUCCAUUUCCAUCUAAUUCCUCUUAAGAAUCCUCACUGCAGAAUCAAAAAUGAGACCAUGAGAAAGAAAGUUUGUUUUAAAUGAUUGUGAAUAUAUGGAAUUCAUAUAUAUGAAAAGCAGAUUAUCAAGAAAUGAAUAUGGGAGGGAUCUUUGCUGUAAUGAAACACUGCUUAAGGCCUGUAUGGGAUUUGAACCUAUGACCUCUGUGAUGCCGGUGCAGUGCUUUACCAACUAAGCUAAUGAGCCAACUGGGAGCUGAUCAAUAUGUUGGUUCCAUAUAAACCCGUGAAGUGAUGAAUCAACAACUGUGAAUGUAUGAAAGUUAUAUAUGUGAACUGUGGAUAAAGACGUGAAUAUGAAAGUGAUCUUUGCAAUUAUGAACACUACUUGAGCAGUAGUGAAUAUGAGGCCUGAAAAAAAUUCAGGCCUGUACAAGAUUUGAACCCAAUUGACCUCUGCAAUACUGGUGCAGUGCUCUACCAACUGAGCUAACAUUAGCCAACUGGAAGCUGAUCAUUAUGUUGGUUUGUAAAACCUUGCCAAGUGGUGAAUAAAUGACUGUAAAUAUAUGAAAACAAUAUAAUUGUGAACUGAUUGCAGUUAUGACCACUACCUAAGCAGUGGUAAAAAUAAGGCCUGAAAAAAUAGUUAGUUUUGUUUUAAGCAAGCAAAAAAAAUGUUUAUUAUUGCUGACACAUUUUCAUGGAAAGAUGUAAAUAGCAAAAUCUAAAGAAACAGUCAUUUAAAAAAUAAUAAAAAUGUUGUUCAUAAAAUCAAAUCUCAGACUGAAACAUUAAGUUGAUAAAAUGUGAAUAAAUAAAUGAUGACAGAAAUAUACUUUUGUCAUGACUAACAUCUAGUUUCUCCUUACAACAUCACCCCUUAAUCAAACAUUAAGGUCAUGAGAAUAAAGGAGAUGAUCAUCAAAUAAAGAAUCUCUUGAUUGUUGGAAAAAUUCUCCUUGUCAGAACCCUUGAAUGUCUAGGGAGUAGUAUGGAGAAUAUGCUUACUGAUGUUAGGGAGAGUAAAGGGUUAAUUGCACUCAAUUUUAUAGUUCUGUCAAUUUUGACAAUUUUCUUCUUUUUCUUUUUCAUCUUCAGGUCAUAUUGACAGGUUCGGUUGGAUUAGCAAGUUCUCUGAUGCCUAGGAACUUUUGCCGGGUAUUGAAAAAUAUUCAUAUUCUGAAGAUGUUAGGAAGAUGUUUUUUGGAUGUUCCAUCAAUAAUCAACUAAAUUUUUGUGCAAGGUAUUCAUAGAGAGUUUGUUAUUCUUUUUAGAUUGGAGGCUUUUUGGGAUUUUGUCUGGUUGCUGUUGUCCUCCUGUCAGUUUGCUGCAUUGUAAUAGGAACAGUAGCUGUAAGGCACUUUGAGUUUGAGUCAAGUGUAACUCGUGAUUAUUACAAAGGCAAGGGUACUUUUGGAAAUGAGCAUCAUGAAGAUUUUUACAAAUCAGAAGAAUAUUUUGAAGGGAGGCAUGAAAACGGCCGCAUUGGUCUAGCUGUGUAUGGCUCUCUUUUGGUCAUCAGCUUAUGUGAUGUGUUGUUGUGCUGUGCUUCUAUCUAUGUGUGCCGUGACCUUACUCGCAGUGAACAGGUAUGAGUAAUAUCUAUCUAUCUAUCUAUCUAUCUAUCUAUCUAUCUAUCUAUCUAUAUCUAUCUGAAGGUUAAACUAAUCAAUAAGACAUAACUUUUCUGUGACUCUGAGUUUCACGCUUACACGAUCACCAGACAGAUUUAAACAGUUAAAUACAAUAAUGUACAUUUAAUAAUGCAGCAAAACUGUAAUAUAAUGAAUCAACAAGGGGCUGGCAGAAUGCAUCUAUUGCAAAGAAAAAAGCUUGUCAUGUUGUUGUUGUUAUUUUUUUUUGCUUCUUGGUCAGUUGUGGACAAAAGUGUUGUCCAAGGCUAUUCAUAAUUUUGUUUUUCAUGUACCCUUGUUCCCACCAAUAGCAGAGCAUUCUUAAUAGAAACCACACACAACCUAGUCAAUACCUUGAUUCACUCUGGAGAAGGGCUAACACUUGAAACAUCAGCUUCAGAAACUCUUUAUGGACGACCAAUUUACAUUAUCAACUCAGUUGAUUGACCAAUUAAAGUUAUUUUGUACAGGAGGGAUGAGGGGGGAGGGGGGAGAGAGGUGGCAGUAAUCAAUAAAGGUAAAGGAUUCUGACUUCAGCAAAAUGUAUUUAGGCUCACACUGCUGCUAUGACAUGAAUGCUUGGCAAAUGACUUAGCUUAAGGUCUGAGUAAGCGGGAAGUUCUAGCUUGUGAAAUUCAGUUGCUUGAGUCAUAAUACUCAGCCAAAUAAUGGAAUUAGUGAAGAAGUACAUAGAGGCAAUAUUUGACUUGUCCAAAAUUUUCCUUUUUGUUGCAGGUAACACUUGCAAGCAGUAAUAGCCGUCAUUCAUCAUUAUCUCGUUAUUCCCAACGGAACAUUGCUACUUUACCCAUAGCAGAGUUAGGGUAUAGUCAUCAGAACUGGGCAGAGGUUGUCUUCCAAGGAGCUAUACCUCAACCCCUACAGCCUAUUCAAGGUCAUUUCCUACAGCAUCCGGAUUUUCAGUUUUUUGCACCAUACAAAUUACCGGUGAGUUAAAACUAUGAUUUGACCAUCAGGAACAUUGUACACUAUUUCUCAAUUCUUCUCAAAGUGUUAUUAUUAUCAUUAAUAAUUGUAUUUCUUUAUAAUAUGUAACAUACAAUAAACUAAUGUAGAGUUAGCUUUCAUCUACCAAAAAGGUUUCCAACAACUUUUUUUAUUGCAUCUUAACCCAUUACACCCCAACAUCAAUAUGCAUAUCCUUGUUAAAUUUCCUGAUAAGAAGAAUUUGUUUGAUAAUCAAGAGCUUUUUUAAUUGGUGGUCAUUUCCUUUAUUUUCGUGUCCUAAAUGUGUGAUAUCAUUCAGGGUGGAUAUCAUAAGGAGAAAUUAUAUGCUAGUUACUCUUAAGGGCCAAAGGGCUGAGGAGAAAUUUGAUGAUUCAAUAUGCAGUCUUGUCUUUUAACACUCUCAGGAUUCACCAAAAGGAAUUUCUCUCCAUUGUGAGUGCAUUAAUUAUUAAGAAGAAAUGUGAUCAGAUAAAUAAAAAAUAUAAAUCAGAUAAUGUAAUUUGAUUAAAAUCCAAAUUCUCAGGGCAAAAAUUGUAAGAAAAGUAUGGCAGAUGGUGUGGAAAAGUAAUAUGAAGAUGUUGAGAGUGAUCUGAAUUGUCUUGUGUAUUAACUUUCAAUGGUUUGACUCUCAGAGUCAGGAAGAUUUUAUAUGCGCUUGCUACUUGAUGCUCUUGUAUGAAUUUGAGCAUAGGAUGUGUGAUGAAAAUCAUUUAAUAGGCCCUACUGCACAUUUUCAGGUCAAUUGCGGUAUUUUAUUUUUCAUUUAAUUCCACAUACUAGCAAUUUGAAGUUCAUGCCUUUAAAUGUGAUGACACAUUUUCCUUUCUAAACCAGGACAAUCAUAAUGCUUUAACAGUCACAAGAAGUCACAGGAAAUGUUGUCAAUAGUGUAACUUUGCUUCUUUAAUUUCUGUUUAAUCUGUCGACAAUCAUUACUAAUAUUUUCUUUUCUUCUAAAUGUCAAGAAUUAUGCUGAACUUUACCCAGAGGGCAUUGUUAACCCUGGCAACACACCUGUCAGUGAGGACACCAGACUACAGAUUGUGCCAAAUGAACCACCUCCAGCAUACACACCAACAGAAAACCAAGAACUUUGUCAGCUUCCUGGCUCUUCAUUGGGUGCCUCCUUGAAUUCACACCCAGCAUUGCCAACUGAAGAAAGUGCAUCAGGUCAAGGGUCAACAACAAAUAUUUCAGCUAGAACCUUGACACCAGAAAAUAUGAAUGUAUCGGAAGCAACAAGAGUUUCACAACUUUCCAGUAGAGAACACCCACAAUUUUCAGAGACACCGUCAGAAAAUCUAGUAUCAUGUACCCCAGUUCUUACGCUGCAUGCGGAGAAUUCAACUUUUUCAUCACUGCCUGUGACAUCUUCAGCAGCAGAUACUUCAGAAAUUGUUAGAAGAUCCUCAAGUUUUUCAUCUGUAUCACCAGGAGUUUCUUUGACUUCACUACCAAACUCAGUGCAACUCACUCUAGACAUGGAUCACAUAGCGUCAUCUGAAUCACAAAACAACACUGCACGUCGUGAAACUGUUACUACUCCUGCUGAGACAAAUGGAGAUACAUUCAAGGUGAUAACUACAUUGUAGCUAAGAAAAUAACCACCAUACUGGCUAACAAGAGAAAAAAAAAAAAAAAAAAGAAGCAUGGCCUUUCUGGAUUGCUAGAGAAUGACAUUCCCUGAAGAAUGUUAACUGUUACUGUUUUGCUUCAGCCUAUAGGCCUGGGCUGAAUAGAUGAGCUGAACAAAUUGGAUUAAACCACUUUGAUAUGGAGAGGGCUUGAAAUUUGGUUAUGCCUGAACAGCUGGACCCAUUUUCUAAUAACUAUGAAUCUAGUCAUAAUAAGGGGUCAGGAAUGGCAGAGCUCCCAAAGUAAAUAUCCUUUGUUGAAUCUCUCUUUUACGGUUCUUGACAACUAAACAUAACAUGGUUCCUGAGAACUUGGUUUACUUUAGGAAGAAUUUCAUGUCCACUUUUUGACACAUACAUAUUAAUCUGAUAAAAUUAAUUUGCAGACAAAUACCCUGCUAAGGGUUACCAAUUAGUAUGGUAUCCACUCCUUCCUCCUUUUCCUCAGCCUUUUUUAACAUUGGCAAACCAAUAUCACAUUUUUGUAUGCAAACUAAAGAGUUGAAACAUACUCUUUGAGAUGGAAGCAAAAGUAAUUUCUAGCCCUAAUGUACAGCUUUUUUCCUAUCCUUUUUGAACCUGUCUUUGAUAUAAAGUUUUGUACCUAUGGCAACCACUUUUGCUGCACUGUGGUACAAAAUAAAUAUAUCUCUAUUUUUGGCAAAAUGUGUUUAAUUUUUUACAUGAUCCCCCUGCACCUACUAAGUAAAUUUAAUGUACACUCAUAUUUAAGUAAAGUGGCUUAAAAGUAGGACAUAAUCCAAUUUAGCAACUUUAUUAUUUAAUUGGUGUAAAUAUAUUUUCCUACAAAUUCAGUUGUGAUAUGCC